GCCAUUGUUGGUCCAGUCAACUCAAGGGUUAUAUUACUAAAUGGUCACUUCCUGAAAUAUGCUCAAUAGAUUAUAAGCCACACUCCGACUGGCAAUUGCUCCGUGGGCAAUCAUCAUUCCCAAUGGUUGCAGCUCUUCUGUUGCGCGCCUCUCACCCGGCGGCGCGGCCGAUUGCUUUGCAGCAGGGCCAAGCAUUGAUCAGUCGCUUGGGCAAUCAUGCUAAACAAUGCAUCAGGAAAUCGCAAUUCCCUAAGCUCCAGAACUUUUCGAGCUCUGCCUUGCGAGGCAAUGCAGACACUCUGGACCGAACAAGGAAUAUCGGUAUCAUUGCCCACAUCGAUGCGGGCAAGACCACCACCACAGAGCGCAUGCUCUACUACAGUGGCUUCACCCGCAGAAUCGGAGACGUGGACGAGGGGUCGACGGUAACAGACUUCCUGCCCGCUGAGCGAGCGCGAGGAAUCACCAUUCAGUCUGCGGCUAUCACUUUCCACUGGCCACCCCAGACAGCCGCUGAGGCGAGCCAGCCGGACUCGCAAGCCCCGCGCUCUGCCUCUUCACACACUGUAAAUCUCAUUGACACGCCGGGGCAUGCCGACUUUACGUUUGAAGUCCUGCGGUCUCUACGUAUUCUGGACGGGGCAGUGUGUAUCCUCGACGGUGUGGCCGGCGUCGAGGCUCAAACGGAGCAAGUCUGGCACCAAGCCAGCACCUACCGCAUUCCCAGGAUUGUCUAUAUCAACAAGCUAGAUCGGGACGGAGCAGCAUUCGGCCGAACGGUUCGGGAGGUCGCCUCCCGACUGGCAGGGUGGCCGGCUGUCUGUCAGAUCCCCUGGUUCGAAGGAGGGGAGGGUCGUUUCGUGGGUGUCGCGGAUGCGGUCAAUCUCCAGGGCCUCCGAUGGGAGGAUGGCGACGGCAAGAGGGUGAAGAUGUUCAACCUGCAGCAGCUAGAGGCCGAGGAGAGUCGACUAGCUCAAGAACUCAAACGCGCCAGAGUCGCCCUCGUGGAGCUGCUGAGCGAGUACGACGAGGUGAUGGUGGAGAAAUUCUUCGAGUACGACGAGGACCAUCUUGCUGUGCCCGCUAAUGAGAUUGCCCAAAGCCUACGUCGUUGCCUCCUCGAGGAGCAGGGCCGGAAGAUCAUCCCCGUGUUCGCCGGCGCCAGUUUCCGCAACGUAGGCGUACAGCCUCUCCUCGACGCCGUCGUGAACCUCCUGCCCAGCCCGGUUGAGACGCCGGACCCGGAGGUCAGCAUCGGCGGCGUCACGGGCGGUCUGCGACACUUGCUUUCGGGCGACCUCAUCGUCGAACAGAAGGAGGCUGCAGCAUCCUCCUCGCACAAGGGGAAGCCGAAAAAGAAGAAGUCCGUCGUGCAGGCCGAGUCCCGCAACGCCAUCGAGAAGCUUUCAGGCUGCGCGCUGGCGUUCAAGGUCGUCAACGACGCCAAGCGUGGAGUGCUGGUCUACGUGCGUGUCUACUCAGGCAGCCUUGACCGGGGCAGCCUCCUGUACAACACCAACCUGAAGGUGUCCGAGCGGGCGCCGCGGCUGCUGAAGAUGUACGCCAACGACGCGGUGGAGGUGGACUCAAUCCCCGAAGGCCACAUCGGCGUGGUGGUGGGACUCAAGCACGCGCGGACGGGCGACACGCUGGUCUCCUACAGCACCAACCGACCGACGCCGCCGGAACCACUGGACACGCUCCAACUACGACCCAUCAAGGUGCCACCGCCGGUAUUCUUCGCCAGCGUCGAGCCCCACAGCCUCAGCGAGGAGAAGAGAUUGCACGAGAGCCUGGCGAUGCUCCUCCGCGAAGACCCAAGCCUGCACGUCACGAUAGACGAAGACAGCGGGCAGACGCUGCUAAGCGGAAUGGGCGAGCUACACCUAGAGAUUGCACGGGACCGACUCAUCAACGAGCUGAAAGCCAAAGCGACGGUAGGGCGCAUCGAGAUCGGGUACCGGGAAUGCGCUUUGGGGUCCUCAGAACCCAUCACCAAGAUCUUCGACAAAGACGUAGCCGGGCGCAGAGGCAAAGCGGGAUGCACAGCGAGGGUCUCGGCGUUCGACCCCGACCACACAGACCCAGAAGAACUCACAGCGAUCACCGCCGACAAGGACAAGGACACGCUGCUGGUGGAGAUGCAGGACGGGAACCAAAUCAUCAUCCAAGCGGUGGGGCUGGAGCUGACGGUCAACGAGCGCAAGGGCGGCGUGGAGGAGAGCGCGGUGCUGCCGGCGGGGACGGACGUCGCGACGCUGCGGACGGCGCUGCAGAACGGCUGCAUGGCGGCGCUGGCGCGGGGCCCGCAGUUCUCGUUCCCGAUGCACCACACGCGGACGGUGCUCACGUUCGACGCGGCCGCCCACCUGUUCGGCAACGAGAGCACGCCGUCGGCGCUCACGUCCGCCGCGCGCCUCGCCACGACCGCCGCCCUGCGCUCUCUCCUGGGCGACCCCUCCGCCUCCGCCUCCGCCUCCGGCACCAACACCGGAACAGGCACCGCCCUAAUGGAACCAGUGAUGAACGUAGUAAUCAGCGUCGACGAAGCGAGCCUGGGCGCGGUCGUGCACGACAUCUCGUCCGCGCGCGGCGGGCACAUCGUCUCGCUAGACGAGGAUAUCCCGCUCCCUUCCACCGACGCCUCCCCGACAUCGUCCGACUCUCCAAUCCCCUACGAAGACCUCCCUCCCAUCGACGCAAGCAAGGUCUACGCGCCCCCGGAUCCCUUCGAAUCCCCCUCCGUCGCGCUCGGCGCCAGCCCCUCGUCUUCCUUACCGGAUACCGCCCACCGGCCCCGCACCAUCGCCGCAAAGGUGCCCCUCAAGGAAAUGGUGGGAUACCUGAAGCACCUGCGGAGUCUGAGCGCCGGACGCGGCACAUUCGUGAUGAGCGUCGACCGGUUCGAGAAAAUGAGUCCCCCGCGGCAGAAGGCUGUGUUGACGGAGUUGCGGGGUGGGUAUUGAGAGAUCUGAUCUUUGUGCAGGAGAGAGGGAAAAGGUUUGUAUUAGAG